AUGGCUCCCAGUGUGUUGAUGGUUGGUACCGGCGAGUACACCACCGGCUACGUGGGCGGUGCUGCCUCCGGCUCCGACAAGAAAGUCGGCGUGGUCGGUUUGACGCUGUUUGACCUGCGACGACGAGGCAAGGUCGGCAAGCUGAGCAUGGUCGGAGUGUCGGGCUCCAAGUUCCCUGGCAUUCGCGACCACCUGAACAAGAACAUCUCGCAGGUCUACAACGGCCUGGACACCUCGUUCGACUCCUAUCCCGCCGACAACCAGACCGACCCCGAUGCCUACAAGGCCGCCAUUGACGCCCUGGAGCCUGGUUCGGCCAUCACCAUCUUCACCCCCGACCCCACCCAUUUCCCCAUCGCCCUGUACGCCAUCCAGCGCAAGAUCCACGUGCUCAUCACCAAGCCCGCUACCCAGUUGCUCGCAGACCACCUGACGCUGCUGGAGGAGGCGCGCAAGCACGGCGUCUUCGUCUUCAUCGAGCACCACAAGCGAUUCGACCCGGCCUACGCCGACGCGCGCGCCAAGGCCCAGAACCUGGGCGACUUCAACUACUUCUACAGUUACAUGAGCCAGCCUAAGAGUCAGCUGGAAACGUUCAAGGCCUGGGCCGGCAAGGACAGCGAUAUCUCGUACUACCUCAACUCGCACCACAUUGACAUCAACGAGAGCAUGGUGCCCGACUACACUCCCGUCAAGGUCACCGCGUCGGCGUCCAAGGGCACCGCCGUCGAGCUGGGCUGCGUUCCGGAGACCGAGGAUACUAUCACUUUGCUCGUGGACUGGAGACACAAGGCCGACUCGUCUAAGAAUGCCAUGGGUGUCUACACGGCUAGCUGGACGGCGCCUCAGAAGGCCGGCGUGCACUCGAACCAGUACUUCCACUACAUGGGCUCCAAGGGCGAGGUGCGCAUCAACCAAGCCAAGCGCGGUUACGAUGUCACCGGUGAUGAGUCCGGACUGAGCUGGUUGAACCCAUUCUACAUGCGCUACGCCCCCGACGACGAAGGCAACUUCGCCGGCCAGACCGGCUACGGCUACAUCAGUUUCGAGAAGUUCAUCGACGCCGUGACGGCGGUCAACGAGGGCCGGGUGACGCUGGACCAGCUGGACGCGCGCCCUCUACCGACGCUGAAGAACACGAUCGCCACGACUGCCAUCCUGCAGGCGGGACGGGUGUCGCUGGAUGAGAAGCGUUCAGUGGAGAUUGUCUCGGAGAACGGCCAGUGGGCUUUGAAAUAG